AUGCCGUUAACGAGGCAGGAAGCACUCCGGCAGCGAAGACGUGAUGACGACGCCACGCUCACGGAGGACGAGGACAGCGUCGUGGAGCUUGGUCGCGGGGACGCCGCGAGAUCCAGCAGCACGGCACCGACAGCGCCGCACCCCACAAUGCAGCCCACGGAUCAAUUUUUAUCCACGCUAAUCGAGGCGAUUACGCGUGCGCAGAUGGAGGCGAACAAAAGCCUCAUCACAACGUUGACGUCCACCGGCGAGUUUAGGACAUCCACUCCCAUCGGGGCCUCUCUUCAACCGAACGCGUGCAGCGGCGACACCGGCGCGAGCAACGGGGGUGCCGCGGCCGCGAGCAGCGGCGACGCAGGCGCGAGCCGCGCCGAUGCGCAUGCGGGACACGCCGCAGCGCGCGCGGGCCGCGCCGACACGAGCGCGAGCCGCGCCGACGCCGGCACGAGCGGAGCCUCCGCCGCCGGCAUCAACUUCGCCAAGUGCACGGCGAGGUUUACCGGAGCCUCCAAGGACGCCGAGGUCCUGGAGGCGUUCCUGGAUUCCGUGCAGAUAUAUAAAGAAUGCACGGCCAUCAGCGACGCUCACGCCCUUCGAGGUCUUCCUAUGUUGUUGGAGGGCGAGGCAGCGGUGUGGUGGCGCGGCGUGAAGGCGUCGGUGAGCACAUGGUCCGACGCGCUCGCGCGCCUGCGCGAUACCUACGGCGUGGCGCAGCCCGCGCAUCAGGUACUUCGCGGGAUCUACGCCGCCGAGCAACGUGACGACGAGCGUGUUGAUUCUUUCAUAUGCAAAGUGCGUGCAUUAAUCGCAAAGCUACCAUAUAAGCUAGAUGAACAAUUACAAAUAGAUAUGUGUUACGGUUUACUACAUAGACGUGUAAUUAAGCGUGUAGCCCGCGAUAGUAUAGUAAGCUUAGAUAAGUUAUUGUAUAGCGCCAGAAUCGCGGAGGAAAGUUAUUUUAAAUUGAAGAAAAAUCAAAACAAACAUUCGUUAUCUAAGAUACCUACCGAUAACACGGGGAUCGAGUCCGAGACCGCGACGCGCAACCAUAAUAAGACGAAAUCGCGUUGUAGGCAUUGUCGUUCUUUCGGGCAUCUUAGUGAUGAUUGUCGUCACCGCGAUAAGAUGACUGGUGAUAAGGCGUCAGGUGCGGGGCCAAGCAUCGGGCCGCCCUUCGCGAGUAGGUUGCGGUGUUACGGAUGUGGUAAGCCGGACGUCGUGAAGUCCCGAUGUGACGUAUGUAAUAAUAAAAGUACAAAACCGGUCGAAGCGUCGUUUAAUAAUUUUAGUGAUAACGAUUCGAGUUACGUACGCAUCAAUAACGUCACAUCGCGGGAAUUAUACCCGAUGGUAGAUAUAAAUGUUAUGGGCCGUCACGGCGUGGCCGUGGUGGAUACGGGUGCAACACAUAGUCUUGCGAGCCCUUUAUUAUACCGAGUUUUAGUUGACUCCGGAGUAAGUUUCAGCGACACGAAAAGGUACGUUCACCUUGCUGACGGAACACAAGGGUGGAGGCACUUGUUGUCGGCCGAGGUAAGUAUUGUCAUUGAAGGUCGUGAAAUUGUUUGCCCAAUGUUAGUGUUGCCAGGGGCAAACACCAAGACAUUACUAGGGGUCGAUUUUUUGACCCGGGCGGGAAUAAUAAUUGACGUCGCCCGCCGCGUCUGGACAUUCGCGGAUGAUCCCGAUGUCGUUUAUAAUUUUGUUUACUCGUAUGUUCUUAGUGCAAGCGAUGCGAAUACGCAGCGGCCCGCCUCGUCUGACACGGGGCUGAUGUACGCCGCGCCGUCGGAGUUGACGCUGCGCCCGGAUGAAGGUUGUAAGUUAACCCCCGAGCAGCGACGUUCGCUCGACUCGUUUAUUGAUAGUCGUGCGCCGCAGUUCGCGCGCAACGGACCGCCCACGGAAUUUGCUACGCAUCGGAUAAAGGUGAGUCCACACCAAGAACCUAUUGCGUGUCCACCGUAUAGGAUGUCCCAGACCAAAAGAGAGGCCUUGCAGAAGGAGUUGGAUAAACUGCUGCAAGACGACGUCAUCGAAGAGUGCGAGUCACCCUGGGCAUCCAACGUUGUACUGGUAGGUAAGAAGGACGGGAGUCUGAGGUUGUGCAUUGAUUACCGUAAGCUCAAUGCAGUAACAGAGCCAGACCGAUACCCGCUCCCACGCAUUGAGGAUGUCUUGCAUGCUGCUAAGACCAGUGAGUACAUGACCACGCUAGACCUUCGGUCCGGAUAUCACCAGGUGAGCGUCUGCGCAGAAGACCAGGACAAAACGGCCUUCACGACGCCGCUUGGAACAUUCAGAUUCAAACGAAUGCCAAUGGGCCUACGGAAUUCCGGGGCAACUUUUCAAAGGUUGAUGGACCGUUUCCGCUCCAACCUAAAGGGGGUUGAGCUGUUUUGUUAUUUAGACGAUCUGAUCGUGCUGUCUCCUGGACCUUUCGAGAGGCACCUGGCAGACCUGGAGGUCGUCUUCGAUCGUCUAGCAAUGUUUAAGUUAAGGGUAAAUAGAGACAAGAGUUUCUUUGCCAAGGAAUCUGUUCAGUUUCUGGGGCACAUCAUCGUGCCAGGUGGUAUCCAGGUAGAUCCGGAUAAAACGGCAGCUAUCGAUAACAUGGCUGUCCCUAGGAACGUUAAGCAGUUGAAAUGUUUCUUGCAGACGUCGAGUUGGUACCGACGUUUUAUUAACAAUUAUGCAGAAGUCGCGAGACCUCUCACGAACCUGCUGAAGAAGUCCAGUGUCUGGCAAUGGGACGCUGAGCAACAGGAGGCCUUCGAGCGCAUCAAGUCUCUUCUUGUGACCGCUCCCAUACUGCGUCAGGCUGACGAAUCGAAGCCGUACGUACUCUGCACUGAUAGUAGUGCGUAUUGCCUUGGAGCAGUUCUUAUGCAGGGGGAGGGCCAAGACGAGAGGCCGAUUGAAUAUGCGAGCCGACUUCUCACCAGCGCCGAGAGAAAUUACUCAACGACCGAGCGCGAGGCCCUCGCUGUCGUAUGGGCACUUGGUAAGUUCCGCGGUUACGUUGAGACCGCGAAGAUUGUAGUUAGGACAGACCACCAACCCCUACGGUGGCUUAUGAGUCAAAGGUCACCCAGCGGCCGACUGGCAAGGUGGGCCCUUACAUUACAAGAGUUCGAUCUUGUUAUCGAAUACACUCCCGGUCGUUCGAACGUGGUGGCGGACACACUAUCGCGACCCGUUUGUCCGGACGACCCGGAUGAAUGUGAACUACGCACGACGAUUGUGGACAUGCCGAAGAGAAGCGGCGCUGAUGUCCGCAGCAAUCAGCUCCUGGAUCCAGAGGUUCGUAAAAUCAUCGAGGACAUGGAGUCCGACGAACCCUCUAGGGGGAGACCAUGGUCAGAUCGGGGUUACGUGAUGUCUGAUGGAAUCCUUUAUAGGUACAGUUUGGAACCAGACGACGGAGAAGACUGCUGUUUGGUUGUUCCAGAGCAGGACCGCAGGCAAGUAUUGGUUGACCUUCACGACGCGCCUACAGCCGGUCACUUCGGAGUAGAGCGCACGUUGAGCCGUGUCCGGGCCAGGUACUAUUGGCCGGGCAUGAGGGCUGUCGUGGAGAGUGAUAAUUUUGUACCCAGCAUUACUCCUUACCUAAAACAGAUGGCGGCCACCCUGGAUCAGGCCAGGGACACUCACGAGGAGGCUCAAGCCGCGCAGAAGGAGUAUGCCGACAAGAAGCGGAGGCCACCGCCGGACUAUAAGGUAGGUGACCUCGUCUUGCUAAAGACACAAGGGCCAAACGAUGCGGGCCGCGGACAGUCCGCAAAGUUCAUCCCGCGCCGUGACGGCCCAUAUAGGAUCGGGACGAUCGUAAGCCCCACUACGUACGGCUUAGAGCACAUCCAGACCGGGGGGAGCGUUGGGAGGUUCCACGUCUCGAACCUGACGCCUUAUCAUGGUGAAGUAGAACCGCCGGUCCGCGAAAAACGUAAGCGUGGUAGGCCGCGCAGGUACCUAGACUAGUCCAGCUGUGGGGGCACGCUAGCUGGACUAGAGGGGGAGACUGUAGCGCGGGGUUUUUGAAAGCCAUACGUCUCGCGCCGCGCAGCUAACGGAACGCGGCCGCAUCCCCGCGCCCGCUACUACCGCGACACCCGCGACCCUCACCCCGCCGGUCCCCGCGCAGCGGCGCAGCCCGUGACGCGCAAGAGAGCCACCCGACCGCCGUGUGAUUCGGACGCGAGAUUUGAUUUUUUUCCUCCGCGGUGCUCCGCGUUGAGUUUUUUAUUGUAAAUCCUGAUUAAGUUACUUUUGGUUAUUCCUACUGUUGUGUACUUGUGUUUUUUUUUUAUUAUACGAACUAUAUUUCUAACAACGUGUUUGGACUUGUAACAAACCCUGUGUUAUAAUAUUUUUUAUUUGAAUUUGGAUUAUACUUUCAUAGAUAAAAAAUAUAGUUUUGUACGGAAAAUUGUCAGUAACUCUCAGUUUUAUAGAAUUAUUUUUGGUGUAUUACUGUAUGAAUUGUAAUAAAUUGGUGUAAGCAAGCACAACUACAAGAUAUAGUUGUAUCUUGAACAUUUUUAUAAAUGGUUAAAUUGCUAUAUCCUCGGAGUACUGAAGCAUCAAAAGAUCCCCAAAAGCAACAUUUUAUGAAACAUCCUUUGCAGAGACAAAGAUUUUACUGAUGUACGUGGACAAAUUAAAAUAUUUAUUGAAAACAG